CUUUUCUUGCUUUGUUUUCUAAAUAGUUGUGUGACGCUUGCAGGGAGGUUUUAUUCUGGAUAUGGGAGUACACUUCAUUGCAGGUCUAAGAAUGAUCGUUGGGUGUGAGAUCAAAACUGUAUCUUCAAUUGCUCGGCAUGUGGACAUGACAUUGCCUCCACCUGAUAAUUUAUCUGCUCUUUUCCAAUUAGAGAAUGGUGUUGCUGGAGUCUUUGUCAUGGUUGUAUCUGCUACAUCACCGAAGAUAUUCUGGCGGGUUGAUGGGACUAAAGGAACACUACAGGUUGAGCGUGGGAAUGAGAGUGGAAGACAUGGUUACUUGGUUUCCUUUUAUCCGGCAGAUGGGGAGUGCCAAAAGAAAUUUUAUCCAUUCUCUGGAGUCACUGAAGAGCUAAAAUCUUUCAUUCAUGAUAUUUCUCAGUCUGUCAAUAAGGAUGUUGCUGGACACAAACCAGAUUGUCGGCUUUCAUACAUUGAAGGUGCUAGAGACAUUGCUGUUUUAGAAGCAAUGCUCGAAAUCAAGUGCUAAACAAGGCGCUCAAAACUUACGUGAAAAGAAUAUAGUCAUCUGCUGAUGUUCAUCAACGGCCAACGCCAAUUGACUAGGUGAUCAAACGUAAAAGAGAUAAUGAAUGCUUUAUUGAUGUUAUUGAGUGAUAAUAUCUGUUUGUAAUCACAGUGUAUUUGACAGUUGCCUGUUUGGUUUGCAAAUCAAAUUGAUGGAUCUUUUGCUAGCAGUUGCAUUAUUGACUCUGUACCAAGUUGGAUUUUCUUUCCAUGUUUAUUAUGUUUUCAAGGUUCAA